AUGCAAGCAGACAGUCUCCGAUGGAAGACGAUAGAAGCUUUGAAAAACUCUCCGAAAGGAAAACUUCAUUAUGAUCCGCACUGGUCUGAAAGAGGAGAGGACAUUUUGGCGGGUUACGAGGAGCCCCCGAGCCUCCCUUCAGGCUCUGCCUCUGUGGUGGAGAGACUCUCGCUGCUGUUACAGCCCUCCAGGAUCAGCUCAACCUCUGAUGAAUCCAGUCCCACUUUGUCCGAGGAGGUCCACAACUCCUCCAGCUCCAUCCUCGGCCUCAACAACAGGAUCAAUAAUGGGCUUUCUUCAGUCUCCACAGGGUCCCCCAUAAAAGAACCCACAGAACAGGCGGUGACUUUAGCCUCCACUGACGCUGAGCCUCAAGUUGAAAUCCUGCUCAGUCCUCCUCCGACCUCGGGGCUCUUCCUGCUGUCGCCUAAGGCCAUAAAAACGGCCGGACGCAUCAUUCGCUUUGAGGAGGAGACGAAGGAGAAAGCUCAGCUGGCUCUGCGGCGGAGGCAGGAGCAGCAGCAGAAGUUGGUGGCAGCUGUGGUGACCUCAGAGUCGGAGCAGCUGAAACGGUUCGAGGAGCUGAUGGAGCUGAAGCAGAGGCAGGACCUGCAGAGUGUCCGCGACAUGAUGGACAAGGAAACUAAAGAAAGCAUCGGGCGACAAGAAAAACUGAAAGAGGAGCAGCGACAUCGAACCAAGAUUCUGAACCUGCGUCUGCGCGAGGCCGAGGAGCAGCGUCUGCGGGAAGCGGAGCUAGAACGGCAGCGUCAGGCGGAUGGCAGGGAGCGUCUCCGGACCCUCAACUCCAUCCAGGAGGAGGUGCUUCAGCUCAACCAGCUCCUCAACUCCCCCAACGAGCCCAGCGCACAGGUGCUGCUGCAGAGCCUGGCCGCGCUCUGCCACCGCGCCAACCAGCUCUGCUCACAGGUGUCCGAGGUCGUCCGGAAGACCGCCGAGGGGGCUUUCCCGAGUGUGGAGGACAUGACUGUGGCAGAACGAGCGCUCCACGACAUGAGGGCGCUGAUCCACCAGCAGCAGCAGGAGGUGAGCCGAGCCGAGGAGGAGAAGAGACGAGAGGCCGAGCAGGAGGAGCAGAAGAAGAGGGAGGCGGAGCUUAAGGCCAAACAGGAGGCCGACAGGAGAGCAGCAGAGGCGGCCAAAGAGAAGGCCAAGAGAACAGGGCUGCAGAUCGGACCAGAAGACUCUACUCUCAAAUGGUACAAAGAACUCCAGGACUCCGCCGCGGCCGUGGCUCAGUUGUUUGAAGACUUCUCCUCCACCAAAGACCCCAAGUUGAAGAAACUCAAGCUGAAUUUACUGAAGGCUGCCGUGAUCCCCGUGAGUCAGAUCUCCACCAAGUCCAGCUUCCACCUGCGAGAAAUCUACGCCAAGAUCGACAAACUCCUGAGCGGCCAAACGGUGCAGUCUGGAGGGAUGUCUGUGUCCACCUCACACCACCCCCAGGGCCUGCAGUUCGUCUGCUACAAGCUCGCCGACAAGUUUGUGAAACAAGGCGAGGAGGAGGUGGCGGCUCACUUCGAGGCGGCGUUCCCCAUCGCGGUUGUUGCCUCAGGGAUCUGGGAGAAGCACCCUAUUGUCGGAGACCUGUUCCUGGCUCACCUCCACCAGAAGUGCCCCUACGCAGUCCCCAUCUACCCCCAGAAGACAGCCACCACCACAGACACGGACUUCCACAGGAUGAUGGGGUACCGUGUGGACGACUCCUCUGGUCUGGAGAAUGACGACAGUUUCCUGAAGCGCAUGUCGGGGAUGAUCCGCCUCUACGCUGCUAUUAUCCAGCUACGGUGGCCUGAUGGGCCCAAACAAGGGCCGGCGCCUCACGGUCUGAACCACGGCUGGAGGUGGUUGGCCCAGAUGCUGAACAUGGAGCCCAUGAAGGACACCACGGCAACGCUGCUCUUCGACUUCCUGGAGGUGUGUGGCAACGCUCUGAUGAAGCAGUAUCAAGGACAGUUCUGGAAACUCCUCCUGUUUUUAAAAGAAGAAUAUUUCCCAAGAAUAAAAGCCGUGACCCAAGACGGACAGAUGGGAUCGCUCACCAGACUCCAACAAUUUCUAGAGACGUCGCUUCGGAACAGACAGAUCAGUCUCCCGAAAGGUCACCUCCCACCAGGCUUCUGGAGGACGUGA